GUUUGUAACAAAGCCCACGGGGAGGCACACGCAGAUACAAAGAGAAAGCCACACCACGGAGACCAUCAAAGCGAAGACAACCCACCAUCAUUGUCAACCUCCGCGUCUGCGCAGUCCCCAACCUCAGCAUGAGAAAUGUCAAAGUGUCGGACCUCCACACCCCGGAAGCGGGAGGGACAAACGUCGGAGAGGGGCUGAAGAGGUUGUGGUGGUGUCUGAGAUGUCUCGCGCCCACAACUGUAUCAACUCGUUAGGCGGUCACCUACUUACCUGUCAGUCUCCCAGAAAAUACCCGGCGUCUCGCCACCCGAGUAAGCAGAAACCGGGUAUCGAGCUUGCCUCCAAGUCGACCCUUUGCACACAUCCAAAUGUCUGCAGGCUGCCACCGUGCAUCCAGGAUCCAGACCCAGCUCCCAGGAUCAGGACCACAAAGAACAGCCCCCGUGCUGGGACGUGCAGCACAGGUACAUGCCGUGUAAAGCCGAUCCAAGUGUCGAGGGGCAACGAAACGUACCAACAACCUCCACCCCGAAGCCUAUCCAUCCGCCUGGGGCCAGCAAACUUCCGGAUACGCAUGGCGGGCGGGGCGCUCACCGCGGCGGCAGCGCUGGUCCCUGGUCGUGGUCGCGAGCAUAGCCAUCGGGCGCGCUGGCGACCUCACAGCCCCAACCCGUAUUACCAUUACGGGCCGGCGUCGGGAGGAGCGGCAGAGCGGUAUGCACGGCGCACGGCGCACGGCGCAUGGCCAGCUACAGAUGCUGGCAAGAUACCCCGGCGAGUGCCCGGGCUUUUAGAGAGGAGGCACUGGACGAAGAGCGGAUGAGAUACCUCGGUGGUGAUGAAUCCAGUGAUUUGGUGGUUGU